AUGUCGGCGCAUCGCAACAAGCGGCCUUUCCAGCCGUCAAUUACCUCCUACUUUGCCCGCGCCGACCGUUCCGACGCCGAUGCUUCUCCCUCGCUCGCGCGCAAUCAACCUCAGCACCAGGGCCUCGCCCCCGUCCCUGUCAACGUCCAGGCCUCGCUCCUGAACGUCGGCAUGCGCGUGCGCAAGUCCGUCCCCGAAGGCUACAAGACACACAAGACACUUCCUCCCACCGCCACCGCAAGCGCGCUGUCACUCCAUGAGCACAAGCAACAAGCGACCUUCGCUCCUGCUCCGUCGAACAGUCGCCCGACCGAGCUCCUGCCCUUUUGCGGCAUCCACAAGACGGGCGGUUACGACGUCCAGCAGCCGCACCCAUCCUACUCCCACCACGAUGCUGGUGGUAGCGCGAACGUAGCGCACGCUGUCGACGCCCAUGCGAUUGCGUUCUCAGCUGAGGAUUUCGGCCUCUCGAGUCAGGAGUCCAACGCCUCGACGCUCUCGACCGACUCGCUGCCCACCAACAAGCGUCGCUUCGAAGACGAAGAUGAUACUGCCGAGCACGAGCUUGUUUCAAACAUGGGCAACAACGGCUGGGAUGGCGCCAGGCCCCUCUUCCCUUCGCUGAACACUAGCCUGGCUGUGCCUGCUGGCGGCGACACGGACGACCUGCAAAUCUCGCCGCGAACGGUCUAUCCGGUGAGCCACACAAUCAUGCCCAACUUGGGUGGGUCAGUGAGGCCGCUCGCGAGGCCGAAGUCAAGGAAGAGGAACGAUGGGCUCGUUGGCGGUGGUGCUGGCCGCCGGCAGGCGGUUAACGAAGAUGACUUUGAAGAAGCGGAUUUCUUGAGGCCUCCAUCAUCAGAGUCAUGGGGAAACAAUGCGGAGGUGGAGAUGGGUGGAGUCUGA